AUGGGUUUUCCUGCAGACCCUCAGGCUGAGCCUCGUCGCCAUUGUCGAGAGAGCUUCUCUCUUAAACACUGGACUCAGCUAUCGCUCCAUCAGCAUUCCCCAGAACUUCCCGAGCCAAGGGAAGUCCCUCCUACUCCAUCCACUUCAGUUCCCUCGGAGCCUGUACCAGAGGCAGCAUCAUCUGAUGCUCCACCUGCUGUUCCUCCUACCGCAGAGCCGCCCAUCACUAUCCCUGGUUCAGAGUACCGUGCCUUGCUUGCUUCUUUUCAGACUCUGACCACUACUCAGACGACCAUUAUGGAGCGUAUGGACCACUUCCAGACUCAGCAGGACCAGCAGACUCUCAUUCUCCGAAGCGUUGUUGCGGAUCAUUUAGCGUCCUUACCAAUAAUCGAGAGUAGGCCAAUUGAUGAUGAUUUUCCAGAUGAGCAGUUUGUUGCUAUGACUAGAUUAUCAGGAUGGCGCAUGUACUUCGAUGGAGCAGCUAAUCAUUCAGGGUAUGGGAUAGGUGUUUUGUUGGUAUCUCCCCAGGGUGAUCACAUCUCGAGAUCUGUUCGUUUAACAUUUCCUGAUUACUAUCCCACCACAAAUAAUAUUGUUGAGUAUGAGGCAUGUAUCCUCGGUUUAGAGACUGCAUUAGAGCUUGGCAUCACACAGAUGGAUGUACUUGGUGAUUCCGAUCUAGUGCUCAGACAGGUUCGGGGUGACUGGAAGACCAGAGACGCGAAGUUGAAGCCAUACCAUGCCUACUUGGAGUUAUUGAUUGAGAAAUUUGAAGAGUUGAAAUACAUUCAUCUCCCUAGAGCACAUAAUCAGUUUGUUGAUGCUUUGGCUACCUUAGCUUCUACAGUUGAUAUUCCAACUAAUGUGGUAGUUCGUCCUUUACUGAUUGAGACUAGAUCUACGCCUGCAUAUUAUCAUUUGAUUGAUGAGAUAGAGGUCCAAGAUGACCUACCAUGGUUUCAUGACAUUCGUCAGUUUCUUAGAUUUGGCACAUACCCUGAAGCUGCGACAGCUAAGGAUCGGAGAGCGUUGAGGCAGUUAGCCACUAGAUUUGUGAUAUGUGGGGAGACCUUAUACAGACGAUCAGUUGAUGGAAUAUUACUAUUAUGUUUGGAUCGAGCCUCUGCAGAUCGAGUGAUGAGACAGGUUCAUGCAGGAGUUUGUGGUCCGCAUAUGGGAAGACACAUGUUGACCUGUAAGAUCAUGAGGGCUGGCUAUUUCUGGUUGACCAUGGAGACAGAUUGUUGCCAGUUUGUCCAGAGAUGCUCAGAGUGUCAGAUGCAUGGGGAUCUUAUUCAUGUAGCACCCUCAGAGUUGCAUGCUUUGACAUCACCAUGGCCAUUCUCAGUAUGGGGUAUUGAUAUCAUUGGAAAGAUCUCGCCGAAAUCUUCCAAUGGCCAUGAGUUCAUCUUAGUAGCCAUUGAUUAUUUUACCAAGUGGGUGGAAGCUGCAUCAUAUGCGAAGUUGACAUCUACUAGAGUUGCUAGUUUCAUCAGGUCACACAUCAUUUGUCGCUACGGAGUUCCACACGAGUUGAUUUCAGAUAGGGGUGCACACUUUAGAGCUGAAGUCGAAACUUUGUUACAGAAGUAUGGCAUCCAACACCACAGAUCGUCUGCAUACAGGCCACAAACUAAUGGAGCUGUAGAGGCUACAAAUAAGAACAUUAAGAGAAUUCUGAGAAAGAUGGUCAACACUUCUCGAGAUUGGUCAGAGAAGCUUCCUUUUGCCUUGUGGGCAUAUCGUACUUCUUUUCGUACUCCUACAGAAGCUACACCUUACUCCUUAGUUUAUGGUAUGGAGGCUGUUUUGCCAAUCGAGACAGAGAUGGGUUCUUUAAGAGUGACUCUUGAGCAGCAGAUUUCAGAGACAGACUGGCUGAGGCUGCCUAGGCUGAUCGACUUUGUAGGCCGUCAUAUUGUUCCAUUUAUCAAGAGUGAAUGGCUCACGGCAUAUUCGCUUUCUCUCCAGUUGAGGCUCAGAGGGAUAUCCCAGAUGCUCCAAAAUUUGGCAUAG